AUGAACGAUCUGUUUUCCAGCUCAUUCUCCCGCUUCCGCAGCACCACCAACGGAGACGCCCCCAACGCAGUCCAAAUGACACACCCCUCUGGCGUUAACCUCGACAAGUUCUUCGAAGACGUAGAAUCCGUCAAAGAAGAGCUAACAGACCUAGACCGCCUCAACGAAACGCUCAGAUCCUCCCACGAGCACAGCAAGACGCUCCACAACGCCGAAGCAGUCAAGGAUCUCCGCGCCAAGAUGGACGCCGACGUAGGCGUGGCUCUCAGGAAAGCGAAGAUGAUCAAGGUGAAGCUCGAGGCGCUUGAUCGAUCCAACGCGGCGAAUCGGAGUCUACCGGGGUGUGGGCCUGGAUCGUCGUCGGAUCGGACGAGGACGUCGGUGGUUAAUGGGUUGAGGAAGAAGUUGAAGGAGUCGAUGGAGAGUUUUAAUGGGUUGAGGGAGGUGGUUUCGGCGGAGUAUAGGGAGACUGUGGAGAGGAGGUAUUUUACUGUUACUGGGGAGAAUCCGGAUGAGAGGACUUUGGAUCGCUUGAUUUCUACAGGAGAAAGUGAGAGAUUCUUGCAGAAAGCAAUACAAGAACAAGGAAGAGGACGUGUUUUAGACACCAUCAAUGAAAUCCAAGAAAGGCAUGACGCUGUUAAAGACAUUGAGAAGAAUCUCAGGGAGCUUCAUCAAGUUUUCUUAGACAUGGCGGUGAUGGUCGAGCACCAGGGAGCUCAGCUCGACGACAUCGAGAGCCACGUGGGGCGAGCUAGCUCCUUUAUCCGUGGAGGAACUGAGCAGCUGCAGACCGCUCGGGUUUACCAGAAGAACACACGUAAAUGGACAUGUUACGCUAUUAUCAUUCUCCUCAUCAUCAUAGUUGUUGUGGUUCUUGUUGUUGUUAAACCAUGGAACAACAACGGAGGUGGCGGUGGUGGUGGUGGAGGAAAUCAGCAACCUUCGGGUCAAUUGCCACCACCUAGUCCUCCUCAGGCAAGGCGUCUUCUAUUACGUUGA